AUGGAAGUGGGCAGCGGAAGGGGCAGAGGCGAUCUUUGCACCGCGCAAGAAUCGCGAGAGGAGGUGGCGGGGCGCGGCGGCGCCAUGAGGACCCGCGUGUGCGCGCGCGUCGGCACGCCGCAGGGCGUCGGGGCGCUGCUCCUCGUCGGAGGCGCGAUCGUCGGCGCCGCCGUCGUCGCGUGGCGGCGCCGUGGCGACGGCAAGGGCGCCAAGAAGGACCGCCGCGGCAAGGAGGAGGACGUUCUGGAUGGUGGGGUUGUGGAGAAGGAGCAGCAGAAGUCUGAUCAAUCUGAUGAGAAUCUGGGCAGGGAGGAUAGAGUGGUUGAAGCUGAUGGGUUGGAUGGUAAGGAAGCAGAGGAGCUUCAUGAGAUUCCGGAGCAGGUGGAUGAAAUCGUUGCUGACGAAUUGGACAGCAAACCUACAGAUAAGUUUGAUCCAAAUGCAAGCAAGGAACGUGUCGAAGUCGUUAAUGAUACGGACAGUGAAGAUGUGAAUAAUCCUGACCAAACUAAAGUGAAGAGUUGCGUUGAGAAUGAGAUCACACCAAAUGCCACCGAAGGUGUGAAGAACUCUGAUGAAAGCGCUCUUACCAUCAACAUCCCGGAGGUCGCCCAUGAAGAACAUAUCGGGCAAGGACAUGACGAUGAUCAAGAGACCGCAUCAACACAGAUGACAGCGCAUCAAUCACAAAUCUCAGAGCAACUGAAAGUGGAUACCAUGACCGAAACAGCCACAAUGGAGAACGUAUCGAAGCACGAGGAGCAGAAACCGCCGGCACAAGAGCCGGUCGCGCCCAUCGACUCACCCACAUUUCCUUCACUGCCAGCUCUGUUCAAGCCAGCAGAGAAGAAGAGACCAGCGAACACGGGGUGGAAUGAGACGAGGAUGAAGCUUGUACAAGAUGGUGGCAGCAAGAAGGCGGCAGCAAAGGGUGUAGCCGUGGUGACCAUGGAUCGUAGAGCUGCUUCAAUGGCCAUUCUUGCUAUCAUCUUCGCCGUUACCAUUGGAGCCAACCUCGUCGUGCGCUUGUAUUCCACUUUGCGAGCGACAUGA